AACCAUCUUAUGCGGGAGUCAGGAAUGCUGACCACCUUCGCUGAUUUACACCACCCAAUCGCUUGAAAAGAGUCGCCCUACCACAACACAGUGAGGACAGUGCAGCGGAACACUCCCAUUGGCUUUAUUAGUAAGGGGCUUCAUCCCGGAGUCCUCCGGGGUCGGAUUGGUAGACUCGGAGUUCUCCGACCCAGAAAUUCCGACCACAGCUACGUACAGAACAUUCGAGUCUGGAAUGUCAGCGGUCUUUCAGUUUCACCAAAUAUGUUUGUAUAAAAGCAAGUAGUCAUAUUCAUACUUCCUCACAGGCGUUCCAACGUGCUUCUCACCAUAAAUGGUAGUGGUACUGACUGUUCCCCUGGGCCCCAUCCUACCAACAAUCUACGACCGUGUUUCUGGCUUUUUUUUAUCAUAGAUUCGAGAGUACCCUACGCACAUCAUGGCUGCCACUGCCGACAUAUCAAAAUCAUACAUCCCGCUCGCCGGCUGCGCGAGCGAUGGCUGGUCCACCGAAGACGAAGCCACCGCCACAUGUUUCUGCGGCGCCGUGCAACUAGCCUUUCCAACCCAAGGCCCAGGCCUCGUCAACACCUUCGUGUGCAACUGCACCGACUGCCGGAAGAUUACGGCGUCCAUGUUCGCCUCCAACUUCACCGUGGCCGACACCCAUCUAAGACACGUGCGCGGGCGCGAGAACCUCAGGAUCUUCGCCCAGUCGCAGACCAUCGCCUCGGGCCACCUCAUGACCAACUACUUCUGCGCCACGUGCGGCACGCUCAUGUACCGCGUCGGCGCGGCCUUCCCGGGCCGCAGCAUCCUCCGCCUCGGCACUGUCGACGAUUUUGCUCUGCACGAGACCAAGCUCCGCCCGCGGGUAGAGCAGUUUACCAAGGACCGGGUUGCUUGGUUCGCCGGCGUGGAGGGCGCUCGGGAGUUUGAGGGUAUGUCUAGCUGAGGUCAGGAGGUAUGGGGUGCCUAGAGUUUGAGGGCUGCGGACGGAAAAGUUCUAUUCUAAGUUGUGUUGGAUGUACAUACAAUACAAUACCUACACACAGGAGUACAGGAUAUGAUAUACACAAUCAAACAUACAAUUC